UAUUACCAAGAUAAUGAGUAUUAUCGCUAUGAUUUCAUGACAUGUGUCUGAAGUACUGAAGCGUGCAAGUCUCGUGAGUGAGAAAUAAAAAUAAAUAUGUAUCGUGUUUACGAUGGAAAACUAGUGUCAAUGUGAAAAUAAUACCUAAUAUUAAAAUGGUUUCACCGUAUGCGACGUUUCUUCUUGUCUGUUUCUUGGAUCUCAUUUCAGUUUCCUUCAUAGUGCCGUAUCUGGAUAUUCAUGCAAAGGAAUUAAGCUUCAGUUACUUUCAGAUAGGACUAGUGUGGGUGGUCUAUCCACUAUGUCAAAUUAUAUCAUCACCAGUUAUAGGAAGCCUCGGUGACGUCACGAGUCGAAAACAAGUAUUAUUAAUAUGUUUACUUAUUUGCACCUGCGCAUAUUUUUGGUUGGGAAUAGCGUCAUCUCUAUAUGUUUUCUUAAGUCUACGUAUUGUAUUAGGAAUAUUCAAGCAAACUCAGAUACUAAUUAGAGCCUUAGCUCCCGAGUACAUACAUGAACCGAACAAAGUAUCCAUUCUGUAUGGAAAAUUACUAUCAUUGGGAUCAUUUGGACAAACCCUGGGCUCUUUUGUUAGCAAAUAUCCCAUUGAAACGUACCCCAGAAUUGGUUUCACGUUGAUGUGUGGAGUUUUAUCCAUAUUUUUUGGAAUUAAUGCAGCGCUAAUUAAUUCACUACCAGAAACUAAAACAAGAGAGGAAAAGAAGGAAGAAAUAUCAAAUACAAGUUUAAGAAAAACUUCGUCGCUGGCAUCCACAUUUACCACAAUCAAACACACUUACAACACUCUGUAUAGCGUAAACUGGCUUAAUUUAUGGGACAUACUGUUAUUCAAACUUCUCAUGUCUAUUUCUACGGGACUUUAUUAUAAUAAUUUCCGUAUAUAUUUAAAGAAUACAUACGAUUUAUCGAAUGUUUCAAUCGUCUGUAUCUUACUAUUUGAAGCCAUAAUCUCAUCAAUUGUGAAUAACUCAGUAGCUUUUAUUAAUAAAUUGUAUAUUAAUGAUAGGGAUUACAGUCAACGUAUUUUCCAUACGUUUCUUGGUAUUGUGUUGACUUUAGUAGCUUUAGGAAUGGUUUCUAGUUUACCUUUGUACGUUCUAUUGUUAGUUCCUAAGGCCGUGUCGUUCGCUUUGGCAAGAAUAGUAACUUUGGCAGCUAUAAUGAGCAGGAGUGCGCCUAGUAAUCGAGGGACUUUAAUAGGGGCUUUAUACAGUGCUAGUUCUUUAGCCUAUAUCAUCACUCCAAUCAUUGGAGGAUUCAUUAUUCAGUACUUAAGUAUUUCCUAUGUGUAUUUCAUUGCUUCUUUAUUUGCUGCAACUGGACUUGUUAUAAGCCAAAUGAGAAUAAGAUUUGUAAAAGAAAAGAUUAAAUGAAUAAUAUUUACGUAAUUUCGUAA